CCCCAAAACCCUAGAUCCCUCGUGCUCGCGGCGGCCCCCGGGACGAACUUUCCCAUCGCUCGCAGCCAUGGCGGACGUGGAGGUGGAUGUUGCGGCCGGACAGCCGAAGAAGAGGACGUUCAGGAAGUUCAGCUACCGUGGGGUCGAUCUUGAUGCCCUCCUUGACAUGUCCACCGACGAGCUCGUCAAGCUCUUCCCUGCUCGGUCUCGCCGGAGGUUUCAGCGCGGCCUGAAGAGGAAGCCGAUGGCUCUGAUCAAGAAGCUCCGGAAGGCGAAAAAGGAUGCUCCUCCUGGUGAGAAGCCAGAGCCAGUCAGAACUCAUCUUCGCAACAUGAUCAUAGUGCCUGAGAUGAUAGGGAGCAUUGUUGGGGUCUACAAUGGCAAGACCUUCAACCAGGUUGAGAUUAAACCUGAGAUGAUUGGCCACUACCUUGCUGAGUUCUCCAUUUCCUACAAGCCUGUCAAGCAUGGGAGACCCGGGAUUGGUGCCACCCACUCUUCAAGAUUCAUUCCUCUCAAGUGAAGAGCCUCCUUGCUAGUUCUUAGGGCUUAUCUCCUUCCAACCAUCUUUUCUAUCAACUGCAUCUUGAAGUAUCUUUUCCUUUGAUUCGCUGGAAAAACUUUUCAUGAAAGUUCUGUUUUGGAUGCUUCUAGCGUACUGGUGGUCUGCAUUUUAGAAACAUCAAAAUUGACACUCUAUAUUUUCUGACUUUGCGAUUGUUUUAUUUCUUUAAAGAUCUAUUUGUCUGCUCUUUCUGUA